AUGGUAGCUAGAGCAUUGAAGGUUUUGCGAGAGAGGUUGUCAUUAGGAGUGAAAAGGCAUAGUUAUACAUUAGUUUGGAUGCCUGCAAGAAAGGGGUUUAAGGAGGGAUGUAAGCCACUAAUAGGGUUGGAUGGCUGCUUCUUGAAGGGUCGUUAUGGUGGGCAGCUUCUAAGUGCGGUGGGACAAGACGCAAAUAACCACUUCUAUGUCAUUGCAUAUACAGUGGUCCCGAAUGAAUGCAAGGACACAUGGAAGUGGUUUUUUACGUUACUGAAAGAAGACUUGGGUGAAGUUCCACAACAUGGGUGGAACUUUAUUUCUGACCAACAAAAAGGUUUGGAGUUGGCAAUGAAGGAAGUGAACCCUACUGUCCAUCACCGAAACUGCGUUCUUCAUAUUUGGAAGAACUUUAUAAAACAUUUUAAGGAUGAACAAACAAAUCGGAUGGUAUGGGAGUGCUCUCGUUGUACAACAUUUCAAGAAUUCAGCAGUGCCAUGGAGAAAUUAAAAAAACUGAAUGAGGGAGCUUGGGAGUAUCUACAGAGGAAGAAGCCAAUUAUGUCGAUGUGUGGAGACUUGAGGUGUUACAUCAUGAAGAAAAGGGCUAUGCACAAGAAGAGACUGGAGAACCACAUUGGUAUCUUGGCCCCUGUGCAGCAGAAGAAGCUUUAUCAGUUUAUCAAACCCAAGAGUACCAAGUGGAGAGCAAUCUGGGCUGGUGAUUCUGAUAGAAUACUGUUUGAAGUUCAUAUGCAAAGGCAUAUGGUUGGAGUAAACUUACAAAGCAGGACAUCUACCUACAAUGUGUGGCAGCUAACUGGCAUGUAUUGCAGACAUGCGGUUGCAACCAUGGCUAAGAAGAUGGGGUUGAAGCCAGAGAAUUUUGUGCAUAAAUGGUUCACAAUGGAUGCUAUCAGACCAGCCUACUCACACUGCAUUAAUCCAGUUAACAGUGAAGAAUACUGGACCCCAACUGAUUCACCACAGCCACUACCUCCCCAAAUUAAGAAAGCUGCUCAUCGUUCAAAAAUAAAGAGAAAAGUCGAUUCUGUGAAGACGGAGAUGCAUUCCCACAAGGCCAAGAAGACAUUCGAGGUGACUUGUAACAAGUGUGGCCAAACGAGUCAUUACUACAAAACAUGCUCAAAUCCACCCAAAGAUCCUAAUUGGAAGCCUAUGACCAAGAAGGAAAUGAGGGAUUUGAAGAAGUCUGCUCUAGUAGUGGACUCUGCUAGCACCACACAGGUAGCAUCUGAGACCCCCAACUUGAAUAACCCACCUCCAUAA